AUGUAUAAGCAAAGGAGGAAGGAAGCCGACGCCGGCAAUCUUCCAAUGGGCCUUCCCGAAGCGGGGUAUCCUAACAUCUGGAACGAAAGAUAGGAAAGAGAGAGAGAGAGACAGCGUUGACGAUAAGCUAGGGCUCCCGAGACUGGAUGCGAGCUCUCGAGUUUCAGCUGCUGGUUCGCUUGCUCGCAGAGACUCUAGUCGGCUGCGCUGUCGCUGGAUGAGAGGACAACGAUGCGCCUGGACGCCAUUCGACGUGCGCUGGCGUUGGUCGCGACGCUAGCCGCAAGCAGCGCUGCUUCGGCGCUGUACCCGCGCGAGUCGGAGACACGGGAGGUGAAGCUCCUCGACGGGGUGUGGAACUUCCGCGCUUCCAGCGGUUCUGAUCCCGAGGAGGGCUUCGUGAAGAAAUGGUUCCAACAACCACUCUCAUCGUCGGGGCCCGUGAUACCGAUGCCCGUCCCGUCCAGCUUCAACGACGUGACGCAGAGCAAGGCGCUGCGCGACUUCGUCGGCUGGGUGUGGUACGACGUGGAGUUCUUCGCUCCCGCUCGCUGGGAGCCGUGGCGGGGUCCCGGAGGACCUCGCGUGUUUCUGCGCUUCGGCAGCGUCCACUACGAGGCCCGAGUCUACCUGAACGGGGCGCCUGUGGUGACGCACGUGGGCGGUCACCUGCCCUUCUCAGCAGAGGUGACGGGAGUCCUCCACUAUGGACGCAAAAACGUGCUGACCGUGGCGGUAAACAACACGCUCACCGCGGCAACCAUUCCCCCGGGUACACUGUUUCGACCGAAUAACACCGACAGAUAUCCCAAAGGCUACUAUCGCUUGGAUGUACCUUUCGACUUCUUCAACUACGCGGGCAUCCACAGGAGCGUCGCUUUGUACACCACUCCGAGUAACUUCAUAGAUGACGUCCUCUUCGUGACCAAGAAGGCCACGAAUGAACUCGCUGUGGUGGAUUUCAGCGUUGACGUGAAGACCGAGAACGGAACGUCCACCUGCCGCGUGGCCCUGCUGGACGAUCGGGGCGAUGUGGCCGCUUCGUCCGCAGGCUGCGCAGGUCAGCUGUCCCUGAGCGACGCCAAGCUGUGGUGGCCCGUGGGCAUGCACAGUGAGCCGGGAUUCCUCUACACGGCCAGGGUGGAAGCCACGGUGGGCGACGCGACCGACGUCUACUACCAGAAAGUGGGCAUCCGCACCGUGCGGGUCACUAAUGAAAGCUUGCUCAUCAACGAGCGGCCCUUCUACCUGAUGGGUUUCGGCAAGCACGAGGACUCGAACAUCCGUGGCAAGGGUCUCGACAUGGCGCUGGUGGUGAAAGACUUCAACUUGAUCCACUGGCUGGGCGCCAACUCGUUCCGCACGUCUCACUACCCGUACGCCGAGGAGAUUAUGGACCAGGCGGACGCCCAGGGCAUCGCCGUCAUCGACGAGGCGCCUGCUGUGGACCUUUCCUCGUUCGAUGACGCCAUGCUGGAGCAGCACAAAGAGCGCAUGAGGGAGCUGGUGCAGCGCGACAAGAACCGACCUUCGGUCAUCCUCUGGUCGGUGGCCAACGAGCCGCGCUCCAACGCGCAUCCGGCAGGUGGCUACUUCGCCCGCCUCACAGACUACGUCCGCAAGCUGGAUGCCACGCGACCCAUUACUGCGGCCCUCAGCAAGAACUACGACGAGGACCUAGCGGGCGACCACAUGGACGUCAUCAUGCACAACAAUUACCCGGCCUGGUACAGUGACACCGGCUCGACCGAGGUCAUCGUGCCGCAGAUCUUGGACGAGUACAGACACAUGUGGGAGCGAUACCGCAAGCCCAUCAUGAUAAGCGAGUACGGAGCAGGCUCUGUCGUCGGCCUCCACUCCGACCCGUCGUUCGUCUUCACCGAGGACUUCCAGACGGAGGCCCUGGGCUGCUUCCACCGGGCAUUCGACCAGCUGCGCGAGAGCGGCUUCUUUUUCGGCGAGCACGUGUGGAAUUUUGCCGACUUCAUGACCACGCAGAAGGGCAACCGAGUUUACGGGAACCGCAAGGGCAUCUUGACGAGGGAACGCCAGCCUAAAGCUGCGGCAAAAGUGAUCCGCUGCCGCUAUUACAAGCUGGCCAAGAGGGCGCUACCAGAUUCGGAUGCCUACUGUAUUCCGGACGGACGACCGUAGAUUAGGUAGAUGUGUUUAUGUGGGAGCGACCAAUGCGCGGGCAUAGGUUGUUUGUAAGUGUAAACUCUUGAGGCUGUACAAACGCCAAGGGAAGGGAAGCGCAAUCGAGGAGGGGAGCAGAUUAGGUGGGGUGAUGAAAUUAGAAAAUUUCCAGGCGCAAGUUGGAAUCAGCAAGCGCAAGGUAGGGAUAAUUGGAGAUCGCUGGGAGACACCUUCGUCCUGUAGUGGACAUAAAAAAAAUAUAACGAUGACGAUGGUGAUCGACA